UAUUUCUAAUGAAUUUAUUGCUUUUUAACAAAUUUUAAAAUACGCCAAUAAUUUGUUAAUAAUUUCUGCGAUAAAGAUACCGCACGGCAAUGUAAAAUCAUACACGGGUAUCGCACACCUGCCUCAUUUUCACCUGACUUCCGAUAUUGACUCAUAAGCGCCUGUGUGUGAAAGAGAGAUGGUAUCCCACUCCGCAGCAGCGGAGCUAUUCGCACACUUGCGCUCACAAAUUUAACAUAGCGUACGCGUUCCAGUAUCUGUAGUCUAGUUCAAUAAUAAUUAGUCAAAAAGCACAACGAUUGGCAUAAAUGAUCAAAGUUUAAAGUUUUGACUUUUUCAAAUUAAUGUUGGCUAUUCGUACCAUUAUUACUAUUACCCUUUGUGUAUCUAUUAUCUAUGAUUCGUAAAACUGACGAAAGCGUGACAUUUGUUAGUCAUAACCUUAAAGUUUCGUAUAUUUUGUUUAAAUACAUUAUUUUAAACCAUUUUUUUAAGGAAAAAUAAUGUCGGACGCUUGGGAAGAAAUUCAGGCAAUUAAAAGUAAAAGAAACAGUUUACGAGAAAGACUAGAAAAAAGAAAAAAGGAACGUCAAGACAUCCUGUGUUCAAGUUUAGGAUCUACUGUUUCAUCACCAGUAAACUCCUUCGAUAAUGUAAGCAGUAAUGUUCCUAGUCCUAGUACAGUUUUAAAGGAUGAUGUAAAAUUCAAAGCUAGAAGUGAAGAUGAAAGUGACUUAGUAAAAGUUGAUCCAGAAAUAGAGAAGGAGCUUUUGAAAAUCCUUGGUGAAGUUACUCUACAAAUUCCAAUUUCAUCGAAAGAUUUAGUGUCGUGUUUAAAACCUAUUUUAAGUAAUAGUGUGCAUCAUGGGUCAGUGUGCAAUUUGUUACAAAAGUUUGCAACACAAAAACUUAUUACUAUUAAGGAUACUAUUAAAGAAGGUAAUACAGUGGUGGAUGUGACAUUUAUAGAACACAGCAAAGUAACAGUUUUAAUAAAUGAAGUACCACUUGAAACAAAGGCAACUACUGAGAAGGAUGAACCCUUAAAAAGAAAAAGGGAAGAAGAAAACAUUAAUGAAAUUGAAGAAGAUGAAGAAAAAAAGAAAAAAGAAAAGAAAGACUCUAAAACUACAGAUAUAUUUUCAUUAUUAGCUAUGCCUUCAACUAAAGAAAAAGAAAGUAAAAAAGUUGGUGAAGAAAUAUUGGAUUUACUUAGUAAACCCACUGCUAAAGAACGAUCGUUAGCAGAACGAUUUAGAUCUCAGGGUGGGGCACAAGUUAUGGAAUUUUGUCCACAUGGUACAAAGGCAGAAUGCCAAAGGAACAAUGGUAUUAAACAGUGUAAAUUUGCAGUAAUAAUGGCAGAUCCACCCUGGGACAUUCACAUGGAGUUGCCAUACGGCACAAUGUCUGAUGAUGAAAUGCGACAACUAGGUAUACCUCAGUUGCAAGACGAAGGUCUAAUUUUUCUUUGGGUAACCGGACGCGCCAUGGAGCUUGGUCGUGAGUGUCUUAAAUUAUGGGGAUAUGAACGAGUUGAUGAGAUAAUUUGGGUGAAAACUAACCAGUUGCAACGUAUAAUACGCACAGGUCGAACCGGUCACUGGCUCAAUCAUGGAAAAGAACAUUGUCUCGUGGGUAUGAAAGGAAAUCCGCAAAAUUUAAAUCGCGGUCUCGAUUCUGACGUAAUUGUGGCAGAAGUGCGGGCGACGAGCCACAAACCCGACGAAAUUUACGGAAUGAUUGAAAGACUUUCACCAGGUACUAGAAAGAUUGAAUUAUUCGGGAGAACGCAUAACAUUCAACCAAAUUGGAUAACUUUGGGGAAUCAAGUGGAUGGAAUACGAUUGGUGGAUCCAGCCCUUAUCGAGAAUUUUAAAAAGAUGUAUCCAGAUGGAAACUGUAUGGUACCUCCACCCUCACCAGCAGUUAUGUAAUUGGUAAUAUAAAAAGACUUGGUGUUUCUUCAAAAUUUUCAUUAUAAAGCCAAUUCACUUUAUUUUGAUGAAUCAAAUCAUUCAGUAAUUUAUAAUUUUAUAGAAAGUUAUAUUAUUUUAUUAAUAACAGGCGCUCUGAUACACUGGAUUGUAAAAAUGUGCACUCAAUUCUGCUUUUAUAUGAUAAAAACUUUUCUGUAGAAUUAAUAUAUUGCAUUUAGAUAAGCAGAAAAAUGAGUUUGGGCUUAUUUCCAUUUAAAUUGACUUUUAUCCACUUCUGGCAAAAAAGGUUUCUAAUUUUAAAUAUCAUAUCAAAUAUAAAUUUUGGACAAAAACAUUUCAAUUGCAUUAAAGUUAUAAUUCGGGGAAUUUUCACCAAUAAAAGAAAGAAGAAAAUAGGAAUCAAUUAGAAAAUACUUGCGACCGACGAAUUGUUAUUGUGUGCUUUUGAAAAUAUAAGAAGUGUAAUACUAAGUAAAAAAUUAUCGAUAGAUUUAAAUUACUACAAAAGAAGAAUGAAAUUAAUUUUU